CCACCAUGACCCCCCGGGGGGAUAAUGUCUGAGUCCCUGUGGACGGCGCUCUCCAAUUUCUCUAUGCCCGAUUUCCUUGACAGCAGCAUGUUUCGCCGCACCAAAAGCUGCCGAACCAGUAACAGGAAGAGCCUGAUCCUGACAAGUACUUCACCAACGCUGCCGCGGCCCCACUCACCACUCCCAGGUCAUAUUGGUAGCAGCCCCCUGGACAGCCCUCGGAAUUUUUCCCCAAAUACACCAGCCCAUUUUUCCUUCGCUUCCUCCCGCAGGGCAGAUGGCCGGCGCUGGUCUUUGGCUUCCCUGCCGUCGUCCGGAUAUGGAACCAACACUCCCAGUUCCACCGUAUCGUCCUCGUGCUCCUCCCAAGAGCGCCUUCACCAGCUGCCUUAUCAGCCCACCGUGGACGAGCUCCAUUUCCUGUCCAAGCAUUUCGGCAGUACGGAAAGCAUCACCGACGAUGAUGGGGGCCGGCGGUCCCCUGCCGUGCGGCCCCGGUCCCGGAGCCUCAGCCCGGGCCGGUCUCCCUCUUCCUAUGACAAUGAGAUAGUGAUGAUGAAUCAUGUUUACAAGGAACGAUUCCCCAAGGCCACGGCUCAAAUGGAAGAGAAGCUGAAAGAUUUUGCCAAGACCUACGAGCCGGACAGCGUGCUGCCUUUGGCCGAUGGGGCCCUCAGCUUCAUACACCACCAGGUCAUCGAGCUGGCCAGGGACUGUUUGGCCAAGUCCCAGGAGGGCCUCAUCACCACCGUCUACUUCUACGAGCUGCAGGAGAACAUGGAGAAGCUGCUGAAAGACGCCUACGAGCGAUCUGAGAGCGAGGAGGUGACCUUUGUCACUCAGCUGGUGAAGAAGCUGCUGAUUAUCAUCUCCCGUCCAGCCCGGCUACUCGAGUGCCUGGAGUUCAACCCUGAGGAGUUUUACCACUUGCUGGAAGCAGCCGAGGACCACGCCAAAGAGGGGCACCUGGUCAAGACGGACAUCCCUCGCUACAUCAUCAGCCAGCUGGGGCUCACCCGAGACCCCUUCCCAGAUGUCCUGUAUGUGGAGGAGCACGAUAGCGGAGGAUCCAACACCCCAGAGACAGAGGAGUUCGCGGAGAGCCGUGGGACAACUCCGAAGCCGAAGAAACCGCCGGGAGAAGGGGACUUCGAAACCAUUAAACUAAUCAGCAACGGGGCCUAUGGAGCCGUGUAUCUCGUGCGGCACAAAGAGACUCGCCAGCGCUUCGCCAUGAAGAAGAUUAACAAGCAGAAUCUCAUUCUGCGGAACCAGAUCCAGCAGGCCUUUGUGGAGCGGGACAUCCUGACGUUUGCCGAGAACCCCUUCGUGGUCAGCAUGUUUUGUUCUUUCGAGACCAAGCGCUACCUCUGCAUGGUCAUGGAGUACGUUGAAGGCGGGGACUGUGCCACGCUCCUGAAGAAUAUUGGGGCUCUUCCCGUUGAGAUGGCUCGCAUGUAUUUUGCUGAGACCGUCCUUGCCCUGGAGUACUUACACAACUACGGCAUCGUCCAUCGGGACCUGAAGCCAGACAACCUCCUCAUCACUUCUAUGGGACACAUCAAGUUGACAGACUUUGGUCUCUCCAAGAUGGGUCUCAUGAGCCUGACCACCAACCUCUAUGAAGGCCACAUUGAGAAGGACGCCCGGGAGUUCCUGGACAAACAGGUGUGCGGCACUCCGGAGUACAUUGCUCCUGAAGUGAUCCUUCGCCAAGGCUACGGGAAGCCUGUGGAUUGGUGGGCGAUGGGUAUCAUCCUGUACGAAUUCCUGGUGGGCUGCGUGCCCUUCUUCGGAGACACGCCUGAAGAGCUGUUUGGCCAAGUCAUCACCGAUGACAUCUUGUGGCCAGAAGGCGAAGAGGCGCUUCCUGCCGACUCCCAACACCUCAUCUCCUGCCUCCUGCAGACCAGCCCCCUUCUGCGUCUGGGUGCAGGUGGCGCCUACGAAGUAAAGCAGCACUCCUUCUUCAAAGAUCUGGACUGGAACGGGCUGCUGAGGCAGAAGGCGGAGUUCAUUCCCCACCUGGAGUCGGAAGAAGACACCAGCUACUUUGACACCCGGUCUGACCGCUACCACCAUACCACCUCCUAUGAUGACGACGACACGACAGAAGACGAACCGGUGGAGAUCCGGCAGUUCUCGUCUUGCUCCCCCCGAUUCAGCAAGGUGUACAGCAGCAUGGAGCACUUGUCCCAGCACGAGCAGAAGGCCCCCGUAGUCACGAAGCGGGACCAGAGCAACAAGCACAAGGAUGAGAAGAUGGGGAAGAAGGAGAGCCUGGGCAGCUUCACCCUUCGAGACAAAAGCUGGCGCACGAACUCACCGGAGAUGAAACGCCUCUCCGCCUCGGAGUCAUCCUACACAGAGAGCGAUUCCAGCCCCCCUCUGGGCGCCCGGCGGCGUUUUUCAGCCCUGAUGGACACCAACCGUUUUGCAGUGCCGCUGGAAACCGAGAGCGAGGCGCCGGCCAAGGGGCCCGCGAAGGCUCCCGCGGAAAACGGGGCUGCCGGGGCCACCCCACAGGCCGAAAGGAAGGAGAACAAGGAAGGAGCGGCGGCUGACGUGGGGCAGUGUCCUGCCGCUGGGGAGGUUGAGGCAGGCGAUAAAUCAAAAGCGGGUGAGCUGCAGCCCCCAAAGGAGCUGGACCCUUCAGCCCCCAAAGCUACCAAUGACUUGGUGCUGCGUCGGGCCCGGCACCAGCAGCUCUCAGGGGACUCCACGGCUGAGAAGCGCAGCCCCCGCACUGGGGGCAAGGUCAUCAAAUCCGCCUCAGCUACUGCGUUGUCCGUCAUUAUCCCCACAGUGGAACAGCACAGCGGUUCUCCCCUGGCCAGUCCCAUGUCUCCCCGGUCACUCUCCUCUAACCCGUCCUCCCGAGAUUCCUCGCCGUCACGGGACUAUUCGCCAGCGGUCACCAGCCUGCGCUCGCCCAUUACCAUCCAGCGCUCCGGGAAGAAGUAUGGUUUCACGCUGCGCGCCAUCCGAGUGUACAUGGGGGACAGCGAUGUCUACAGCGUACAUCAUAUUGUCUGGCAUGUUGAGGAAGGUGGUCCAGCUCACGAGGCAGGUCUGUGUGCGGGAGACCUCAUCACCCACGUCAAUGGAGAGCCCGUGCAUGGACUGGUGCACACCGAAGUGGUGGAGCUGAUCCUGAAGAGCGGGAGCAAGGUGAUGGUGACCACCACCCCCUUUGAGAACACCUCCAUCCAGAUCGGGCCGGCCCGCAAGAGCAGCUACAAAUCCAAGAUGGCCAGGAGGAACAAGAGGAGCGUCAGCAAAGAAGGGCAGGAGAGCAAGAAGCGCAGCUCCUUGUUCCGCAAGAUCACCAAGCAGUCGAACCUGCUGCACACCAGCCGCAGCUUGUCGUCGUUGAACCGCUCGCUGUCCUCCAGCGACAGCCUGCCCGGCUCGCCCACCCAUGGCUUGGGUGCCCGCUCGCCCACACAGAGCCUGCGGUCCACCCCUGACUCGGCCUACCUAGGCGCUUCUUCGCAGAGCAGCUCCCCUGCCUCCAGCACCCCCAACUCGCCGGCCACGUCGUCUCACCACAUGCGCCCCAGCACUCUGCACGGCCUUUCCCCAAAGCUGCACCGCCAGUACCGCUCUGCCCGCUGCAAGUCAGCCGGGAACAUCCCCCUCUCCCCCCUGGCCCACACCCCCUCCCCCACGCAGUCCUCGCCGCCGCCACUGCCCGGCCACACCGUGGGCAGCUCCAACACCACCCAAAGCUUCCCGGCCAAGCUGCACUCGUCGCCGCCUGUGGUGCGGCCCCGCCCCAAGAGCGCUGAGCCCCCUCGUUCGCCCCUCCUGAAGCGGGUGCAGUCGGCGGAGAAGCUCGGCUCCCCGCUCAGCUCAGAGAAGAAGGUGGUGGUCAGGAAGCACAGCCUGGAGGUGGUGCACUCGGAAUACCGCAAAGACUUCUACGGCGAGCCCGGACUCCACAGCCUGGCUGAGUCGGACGGCGAGAGCCCCAGCGAGUCCGGCGCUCCAAAGCCGUUGGCCACGAGGCGCCUCGGCCGGCAGGAAUCCCCGCUGAAUUUCGGGGCAUCUGACGGGGAGGUCGCCAUGGAGACAAGCGCCAAAGCCAGGGGGCCAGAAACUCUGCUCGGAGACUGCCGGAGGAGCCAAGCAGUGCAAACCGAGGAGGCGUUUGCAGGAGUGAAUCGGGCCCUGGCUAAAGCCCUCAGCCCUGUGCAGGAGCAUGAGCAAGGCAGGAAGGGCAGCGCCGAGGCAGAGGUGGCCCCACGGGGUCCAGUCCCUAUUGUGUUGGAGCCCAAGGAGAGCCAAGAGCAGCUCGGUGGUGAGCCCGCUUCGGACCCUUCCCAAGACAAGGCCGGGUCACCCAAGGAGAAGUGGAUCUUGGAGGUGGUGGAGGAGCACACCACGCUGGGGACCUGUGCCAAGACGCCCGGUUGCCUGUGCCCAGAGGGGACCAAGAACGGACUGAAGCGAGCCUCAUCGGAGGCAAAGGGGAAGCGGGGCAAAGAAGAGGUGCCUGUCCUGGGGUCGGGGAGCAAGUGUGCAGGAGACCCCCCCCGGCCCUCACCCCCUGCCCUGGAAAAAAAGGGGGCUGCGCACUGA